GUGUGUGUGUGUGUGUGUAUAUACAUAAUAUAUUAUUAUUAUCUAUUAAAUUAAUAAAUAGUAUUUCCUCAGGUAUUUUAUUUUGAAACACCUUGCUGCCUGGUGUACCGGAUGCAGUAGCGACCCCGUGUCGCUGCAGUGUUGCGCUUUCCUGUUUACGGGCGGGAAGAGACGAACGACGCUGACUGGAAGCUACUGGGUUUAAAUCCGCAGCACAUUUUGUUUUAAUUCUCCUCUGAUGCUCACGGUUUAACAGGUUUUAAUGAUACACGGGGCACCGCGAGACGCUUUAAGUGGACCAGUUGUUGAAAACUAAAAGGGAUUUAUUGUUUUUGUGGAGAGUGAGCAGGUUGAGAUAGAUGGAGGAUCCUCCUGCUGCAGAUUCUGGUGGAGGUGGAGGAGGCGGUGGAGCAGCGGCGGAGGGCCCCGCGGUGCAGGUGGCAGAUAUCCGCUGGCCCGCCGCGGCUCUCCCUCUCCGGCUCCUGGAGUGGAAAGUGAAACCCGGGUCUCUAGUAAACGUGGACUCCGUGCUGGCUCUGUGCGCUCCCAUCACACCUCAGGUGAAGGGGGCUGUAGAGGUGCCCAGGCUACCGGAGAGGAAGGUGAAGUCGGACCGAGCCGGAGUCAUCAAGGAGCUCUGCUGUCAACCUGGACAAGUCAUACCUCCCGGGGGUGUCAUCGUCAGAAUAGAAGAAUGCAGCCAUCCAAUAGUAAUGAAGGGUUUAUGUGCUGAAUGUGGCCAGGACCUGACUCAGCUGCAGAGCACGAAUGGGAACCAGCAAACUCCCAUCUCCACAGCAACCGUCUCCAUGGUGCACAGUGUCCCUGAGCUGAUGGUCAGCUCAGAGCAAGCAGAACAGCUGGGCAGAGAAGACCAGCAGAGACUGCACCGGAACAAAAAGCUGGUCCUGAUGGUGGAUCUGGACCAGACGCUGAUCCACACCACCGAGCAGCACUGCCAGCGUAUGUCCAACAAGGGCAUUUUCCACUUCCAGCUCGGCCGAGGAGAGCCAAUGCUCCACACACGUCUACGCCCACACUGCAAGGCGUUCCUGGAGAAAAUUGCCAAACUCUAUGAGUUACACGUCUUCACAUUCGGGAGCCGACUUUAUGCACACACCAUAGCUGGCUUUCUGGAUCCUGAAAAGAAGCUUUUCUCUCAUCGGAUUCUUUCCAGAGAUGAAUGCAUCGACCCUUUCUCCAAGACGGGGAAUCUUAGGAAUCUUUUCCCCUGUGGCGACUCGAUGGUCUCCAUAAUCGACGACCGAGAGGACGUGUGGAAGUUUGCACCUAACCUCAUCACUGUGAAGAAAUACAUCUACUUCCAGGGCACGGGGGACAUCAACGCUCCCCCUGGAUCACGGGAAGCUCAGAUGGCAAAGAAAGCAGGAGGCCCGUCAAGUCGACCAGCAGAGAGCACAGAACCAGCGGGGACGCUCGGUGCCGACGAGCAAAACAACGGCCCCAGAAAAAAGGCGAAAGACCACAACAUUUCUGGAAAGGACGAGUCCACAACAUCUCAGUCAUCUCAGGGAGUACCAACAAAUGAACGGACACAUCCCACAGGGGUUGUGGAGGAUGAAACGGGACAGGAUAAAGGGUCAGAGGCUGGGGCGGAGUCUGGGGCGGGGUCGAAGGAAACUCAGGUGGGUGACAGAACAAACGUUAAGGAAGAUGAUAGCAACAGGACACUUGUGACACGGGAAGCACAGGAUAGUGCGAACUCAUCAGCACCGAGCCACGAGUCCAAUAACUUGGACUUUGACCUUUCCAGUGACAGUGACAAUGAUUCCAUUACAGACAAGCCUCCCUCAUCAGAGAGUGAUAGUGAAGCCAAGAAAUCUGGGCAGGAAGGAGUCACGCAAGAGCUUGGGGAUGGCGAUGGGGUUAAGGAAGGGGACAGUAAAGAAACCAGCUCCGACGCAGCAGAACCUUCAGGAGUUCUUCUCCCAGACCCUGAACUGGGAAACGGCUGCUCAGAUAGGAGAGAGCCAGAAACGGAGUCCCAGAAUAGUGAACAAUCUGGGGUCACCAUGGGGGAGGAGCUGCUGGACCAGAGUAUGGAGGAUGAGGAGGAGGAGGAGGAUGAAGCUGACAUCGACCAGGACGAUCACCUGAUCUACCUUGAGGAGGUGUUGGAAAGGAUCCACGCGGAGUACUACGCGCGAUACGAGGCCCAUCUGAGUAAGGAGGCCUCUGAGAUGCCGGACAUGCGGAAGAUUGCCCCGGAGCUGAAAAGCAAGACACUGGAAGGCACGACGGUCGUGUUCAGUGGGCUGUACCCGACCAACUACCCCAUGGAGAGGACCCGAGAGUUCUACCAUGCCAAAGCACUGGGGGCCAAGAUCGGCAAGAAUCUGGUUCUUGGCUCCCAAGAUCCCAGUCGGACAACGCAUCUCAUCGCAGCAAGAGCUGGCACCGAGAAGGUUCGUCAGGCGCAAGGCUGCACGCACCUCCAUGUUGUCAACCCCGACUGGCUGUGGAGCUGUCUGGAGCGCUGGGAGAGGGUGGAGGAGCAGCUGUACCCACUGAAGGAGGACUACUCCAAGACGCCAAGGAGCAACAGUCCAGCAGCAUUCCCUGACAUUCAGGGUUCCCUGCAGAAGCAUAUUUUCCACCCAGCUCCCAUCCACCACAGACCGUCACCUCCAGCCCCGGAGGUUCGGACCUACGACCCCGUCACGGGGAAGCUGAUCCGCAGGGGCCCUCAGGUGCCACGGCCUCCGUCCUACCUCCAGGCGUCAGGGUGUUUGUUGCUCUCUGAUCACAGAGAGCAGUCUUGUCUCAGGGGAACUUCAAAGCAAGAUGAGGCGGCGGGGUGCAGCCAAGACGACGAGCAGCCGGGACCGUCUCGUCGGAAACGACAGCCGAGCAUGUCAGAGACGAUGCCUCUAUACACACUUUGCAAGGAGGAUCUGGACAGCAUGGACAAAGAGGUGGACGACAUGUUGGGCGAGGAGAGCGACAACGAAAGUGAGGGUCGAGGGAAGGAGAAGCCAGGUAAUGAGGAGGUGGAGGAUAAAGAGGAGGAGCAGCAGCCAGGAGCCACACAGAUAGCAGCGGCAGGAGGGCUCGGUUCUAAGACGAUGAGUGUGGAGAAGAACAUCCAGACGCCAUCCAGUGAGGCCAGCGUGCCGGGUAGUGUGCCAAGGGGCCACAAACGUAAGCACGAUGAAGCCAAGGAGGAAGAGGAGGAGGAGAAUAAGGCGAAGGCGGAGGAAUCCGCCGACGAGUCUUCUAAAGACUCCAACGAGGAAGAAGGAGGCAGCAGCUCAGAGGCCGACGAGAUGGCCGCAGCCUUGGACGCGGAGCUCAAUGACUUUAUGUGACGUGGAAAAUGAAGGGACUCAGUCACAGGAAAAGGACAACGAAAAAAUCAGCCCCAGUCGCCCCCCUCCAACUGGUACCUAAAAAUCCUAUUUUUCUGCUUUGGAAUCCGUGUGUACUUAGGAUGUAUGAGCCAUGAAUGUGUGCUGUAAUAAAAAUGAAUGUCCUGUACAGAAAUGGCGCGUUGCUGUGUAAAUAAAGGCUUAGAUUUGUUUUUUGUAGCAUUGAUAUAUGGCCUUUUUUGGCAUAAAACACUUUGAUGUUAACAUUUUAUUGUAAGAUAACAAACCGUAGGAGACAAAAUUUGAUACUUUUUUUGUUUUUUCUAUUUUCAAUUUUUAUAUUGAUGAGAAAAAGAUAAAUGAAAUUAUAAAACCGUAAAUUUUUUGCUGGUCGUACAUGCCAAAGAGUUUGGAAUAGGUUUGCCAAGGCGUGCAGCUAAAUAUUUUACUCUGGACUUCCAGUUUUACGUUUCUUUUUUGGCCUCCUCAACCGUUUGUUCGGGUCAUAAAUGCAACCAGCGGAUCUAGACGUUUGAAUGUGUUUUUCCUCAGUCAUUUCUUCCUCCUCAUGGUGUUUGUACAUUUGAUAACAUAAUGGUAAGGUAAGCUCCGUCUCAGUCUUUGUGAUAACCAGCCCUUUUGGUGCACUAUCUCUGUGAACUGAAUCCAACUUAAGUUUCAUUUGCAUGUGUUUCAUAAAUGUUUCUCUUUGUCAACCCACCUCUACUAUCGAUGUACAGUUCAGAAGGACAGACACUCUCACUAAGCCUCUGCUUAUGUACACUGGAGCUUAUACUUUGGUAAGCCCUUUUGCCUCGAAGGGAAAGUUCACCCAAAUUACAAGAUUCCAUUUUCUCACCUUUAAUGUUAUGUAACUAUGCAGAUAGUUUGUUUUCUUUCUGCCCAGGUUUUGAGUUCUACAUCUCUGAAGCUUCUGGCUCCACUCCAGUGUAUACGGAGCCACCAGGGGGUCCAUAUGGUAAAACAAAUAUAUAUAUUGAUGCGGAAAUAUGUGCAACUAAAAUUAAAUCAAGCCAACAGAUGCUUCAGAGGCAACAUGUUUUUGAGUAAACAAGCCGCAGGGUGGUUGUCGGGGUGGUUGUUAGGUAUACAGAGCGCAGGACUUUGACACUAGAGAGACCUGGGUUGCAUCUGUGGUUAGGUUUAUGCAACAGCACUGUAGUUAAAGGUGCUUUAUAUGAUAUCCAGAGCAUUAAUAUAGCAGCAAACAACUAUUUGCUAUGUUGAGAUAUAGAGGACUACCUGAGCAGAGAAUGAAGUCACUCUCCCUCUGUGUGUGUUGUAAUAGGAGCUUCUCCAUGCUUUGUUGACAUAGCCGGUCAGCAAUGUUGCCGUUGAUUGCACUGUUUGCACCGUUAGCUGCAAGCUGCCGGCUCAGCCGUCACCACGUUGAGACUCGUGCAGAGGCAAUAGAAAUGCUCCUAAUCUCGUAUUUGGCAUCUUUAAGGUUCAGGACAGAUUGUGGUUUAGGUUAAAUGUUAAUAAACACUGCAUCUUGUGUUUCAAGCCACUUUGUGUUCUUUCUGUACCGAACCAAGACAAGACCACGAUCUCUCUCUAACCUUAACCAAAGUGGUUUUGUUGCCUAAGCGUACCCAUAAAAAUCGGAUAUUAUACUGCAAGAUCGGAUAUAUAUAUAUAUUUACCAUUUCUGCCUUAAAAAGUUCAAUUUAGUUGGUAUUACAUUUCCUUCAACAUAUUUGCUGUUGCAAUUUGUUGCAUAAACAUCAUUUCUUGGAGACGGCAUUGAAAUGUCAGAUGUAUAUUCCAGAAGCUGUAGUGGCCGUUUAGACCAAAGACAGCCCUGUGUUCAUAAAUAACAAAAUGCGAAGGGGCUGCGUUGAGUUCUACUGCUCUGGAACGUUAUCACAGUGACGUCAUUUUUAGUUUUGUCUCAACUAUAGUGAGGUAAACAGAAAUGCAGCGCACACGUUUCUUAUGUAAUCUAGCAGGAAUGUGCACUUGCGCCUACUUGAGCAGCUUACACAGCAUCUCUCCGGAUGAUGUCUCGUUGUGUGAAACUUUAAUCAGGUUCAACUUUUUUCCCACGGCCCUCUACGUAAGCAUUUCCCGGCCAAUAUUUCUUGUACCAUAUGACCUCCUGGCGUCUCCGUACAAUCCCAUUUGUGGUGCUCACAGCAUUAAAAUGUCAUGUUUAAAAGAUCAAAGUGUAACAUCUCUCUCCAGAGUUAUUGUUACAAGGAUUAGUAACAGGGACAUUGAUUCUGGAGAGAUGUGACUCUAAGAGAAAAUGUGUUUUUGGUCAUUUGGGUGAAUAGACUCUUUAAACCUGCACGAGGCAAGAUGCUCAUACAGUAUAAAACUGUCUAAAAUGAUCCAAUUCUUUUCUCCGAAUUGAUUUUUUUUGUUGUUGUCUGUCCAAAGGAAUAUAACGUUAAAGUUACUAGCAGUGAGCGGAGAGAGAGCAGCUUUGGUUUAAACCAGCCUGGUUGGUAAAUAUAACCAUGCCACGUGCACUUUACUAACAUCACACAUUACAGGAUUUCUGUGUAUUGAAGAUCAAACGCUUCCAUCUCACUUGUCAUUUUUCACCUCCGUGUACCAGGGUUGCUCACGUUCACCGUUAAUGUUCAUGGCAUCUAUGUAUAGAGUCAGUUUUUGUUUCAUUUCAACAAACCGUGAAAGAUCUUCCUUCUUCUAAUUGUAACUACUGUCCUAAAGCAGGAGAGCCGAUGUCUUGUCUAAAUGAUUUACUUGCUACACCAGACAACACAUCCAGAUUUUCCUUUUUUACAGUGACAGUCAUCCAGUUUUGUUUGUUCGUGGUGCUUUUAUCUUCAUCUUCAAUCAAACAUGUAAAGUAUUUGUAAAGUCUAUUUCCUACUUGACCCCGAGAGAAAAGAUACUUUCAUCAAAUAAAAAUGUUUCUAAGUAACACAA